GAAAACUUCUUUCUGAAACGGAGAGUCUCUCUAUCUUUGAUUUCUUCGUGUCCGAAAGCAGAGAAAUUGAAUAUUUGGUAACUCAACGCCAUUUUUGACGAUUUCGAAUCUCUUUCUUCUCUGAAUUGUUCCAAGUAAUCGGAGGGAACUUGUCAAGUGGAAGAAAGGUAACAAGGAGGAAGAAAGAAGGAAGAAGAUUUGAGAAGAGCUCUUGAUCUGGUGAACAAUGGAUGCAAUUAGAAAACAAGCUAGCAGGUUGAGAGAACAAGUUGCGAGACAGCAGCAGGCUGUGUUCAAGCAAUUUGGAGGGGGAGGAUAUGGCUCUGGUUUAGCUGAUGAAGCAGAACUCAAUCAGCAUCAGAAGCUGGAAAAGCUUUACAUAUCCACUCGUGCUGCCAAGCAUUACCAAAGAGAUAUUGUUCGUGGUGUGGAAGGUUAUAUAGUCACGGGGUCAAAACAAGUUGAAAUAGGGACGAAAUUGUCUGAGGAUAGCAGGAAGUAUGGUUCAGAGAAUACAUGUACGAAUGGUAACGUAUUAACACGGGCUGCACUGAACUAUGGGCGAGCUCGAGCACAAAUGGAGAAGGAGCGUGGAAAUAUGUUGAAGGCUCUUGGUACACAGGUUGCUGAGCCAUUACGGGCAAUGGUUUUGGGAGCUCCAUUAGAGGAUGCUAGACAUCUUGCUCAACGCUAUGACAGAAUGCGCCAAGAAGCCGAAGCUCAGGCUACAGAAGUUGCCAGACGCCAAGCAAAGGCGAGAGAGUCUCAAGGUAAUCCUGACAUCUUGAUGAAACUGGAAUCUGCUGAAGCAAAACUUCAAGACCUAAAAUCAAAUAUGACAAUAUUGGGGAAAGAAGCUGCUUCAGCUUUAGCUUCCGUUGAAGAUCAACAACAAAAAUUGACUCUUGAACGACUUCUCUCAAUGGUUGAAUCUGAGCGUGCUUACCAUCAAAGAGUCCUCCAAAUACUUGAUCAGCUUGAAGGAGAGAUGGUGUCUGAGAGGCAACGUAUAGAAGCUCCCUCUACUCCCUCAAGCGCAGACAGUAUGCCGCCACCUCCAUCAUAUGAGGAAGCUAAUGGAGUGUUUGCAUCUCAUAUGCAUGACACGGCAACAGAUAGCAUGGGUUACUUCUUAGGAGAGGUCUUGUUCCCAUAUCACGGUGUGACAGAUGUCGAGCUCAGCUUAUCAACUGGUGAAUACGUUGUUGUUAGAAAGGUUACAGGCAGUGGAUGGGCCGAAGGUGAAUGCAAAGGCAAAGCCGGUUGGUUCCCCUAUGAUUACAUUGAAAGACGGGAACGAGUUCUUGCUAGCAAAGUGUCCGAAGUUUUCUGAGAAUUCGAAGGUAACAUCGUGGUUCUUUGUUGGUUAUGGAAUUGAGUUGCUUCUGUAGAAGAGUUGUGUGUGUUCUGUAGAAAGAAAAAGAAAGAGAAGAUUCACCAGCUAAAGCAGAAGUCCAUAUACAUUAUCUGAUUGAAUUAACGUUCAUGAGGAUC